AUGGGAGCCUCUGUUUGUCAUGCUGAUUCCUUCUGCGGCCUCGGAGGAAGUGCGGUGCAGCAUUCGGAAAUGAGACCACGGUCCCGAAAAGAGCAGUACGACACCUCCGGGGCUCCUCAGGUGGAGCCUCUGAACCAUGGCUUCGAUGGAGCCGAUGCGGCUCCCAGCUCGGUCCGACUGAAGGACGGCGAUCAGAAGCAGGCCGUAGCAUCCAGUCUAUCCGAAGCCAAAGACCUUCGUGGCUCGGAUGCCGGGGACACACCGGUGGCUGCUGAUGACGGUACGUCCGAAUCGUUGGCUGCGAACUACUUCCUGAAAGAGGCCGGAGAGCUACAGAACCUUCAGCACUUUGGAGGUGGACCACUCGUGCGUGCCCGCAAGAGGCACGUGUUCAAGACGGGUGCAGUGUACGAUGGGCAGUGGCUAGGAAAUGCUCGAGAUGGCCUUGGCAAACAGACUUGGCCGGAUGGUGCCGAGUACAUCGGUGAGUGGAAGAACAACGUGGUGACUGGUAUGGGCAGUUUUGCCCAUGGAGAUGGAGAUCGCUACAUUGGGAUGUGGAGAAAGCGUCUGUUAGUCCUGGCCGAAUCGGUGCCACCGACUUUGUUCACCCUCCUUCUUGAAGAUAAGCCUCCAAAGAACGCUGGUUUUGCGAUCAUGAUCUUGACUUUGGAGCGCCCGUUGAGAAAUGCCUUGAAUCAAUGGUUCCGUGGCAUGGAGCCGUAUGAGAUCCUUCGCAGGAGUGCCCUGUUGGCGCUUGCUGUGAAGCUCUUGGCGCGCCUCAGAUGGAUCAUGAGGCACGAGGGCUUGAAGGCGUUCUUCUUGGACCUUGUGAUGCCUUACCUGAAGAAGCUGCCGAUGGUUCAGGCGAAGCUCCAGAAGGAGAUGCUGAAGACACAAACCGACAUGAGGGCCGCCUUCUCCAAGGAUCUCACGGACCCGCGAACGCACCUGCCUGGCAAAGGUAUCCCGGAUCAGGAGAUUCUGACGCUAAUCGAUCAGCGUAAGCAGCUGGACACCACACGCUGGACCUCCGGAAAGAUCACGGGUGCCGUGUACCACGGUGGGCAGGAGCAUUACGACUUUAUUGGAAAGGUGUUUUCCAAGUGGGCAUUCUGCAACCCCUUGCAUCCGGACUUGCAUCCGUCCUUGCGGCAGAUGGACGCCGAGGUUGUGCGGAUGGUCAUCAACUUGUACAAUGGCCGCGAAGAUGCUUGCGGGGCUUUCACAACUGGAGGGACUGAGAGCAUCCUGAUGGCCAUGAAAGCACAUCGUGAUUGGGGAGCUGCCGAAAAGGGCAUUCGGGAGCCAAACAUUGUCGUGUGCAACACGGCGCAUGCCGCUUUUGACAAGGCGGGGAAGUAUUUCAAGAUCUUUGUGAAGAAGGCCAGAACCGACACAGACAUGGCUGUGGAUCUGAAGCACCUGGAGCAGCUCAUCGAUGGCAACACCGUUGCCAUUGUAGGCUCUUGUUGCCAAUACGCGCAUGGGACCGUGGAUCCGAUCGAGAGCAUGGGAAAGAUCGCCAAGAAGCACAAUGUUGGGCUCCACGUGGACUGUUGCUUGGGGGGCUUCCUAGUUCCAUUCAUGGAGAAGGCCGGCUACCCGCUGCCACCCUUCGACUUCAGAGUUCCGGGGGUCACAUCAAUCUCAUGUGAUCCUCACAAGUACGGCUUCGCUCCAAAGGGAAGCUCAGUGGUGAUGUUUUCGAGCCGGGAACUGCGUCAUCACAUGUACUGCUACUUGACCGACUGGUCCGGAGGUAUCUAUGCGACGCCCACCAUGACAGGCUCACGACCUGGUGGCCCUGUAGCCGCAACGUGGGCUGCGAUGUGCAGGUUCGGUGUAGAAGGCUACGUCGAGACAACCCGGCAAAUCGUCGGUGCUGCAAGGCAGAUCGCAGAAGGUAUCAAAAAGAUUCAGGGGAUCCACGUGGUGGGGCGAGCUGAGGUGUGCGUGGUGGCCUUUGACACGGACGCAGGCGCAGGCUUCAGCUGCUAUGCUGUGGCUGACUGCUUGAAGCAGCAAUCCGGCUGGGAACUGGCCACUUGCCAGAAUCCAGCAUGCGUUCAUCUUGCAGUGACCCUGCUCACCGCCAAGAACGCCAAGCAGUUUCUCAUUGAUCUUGAGGCUGCAGUGCAAGCGGUGCAAGCAGCUCGAGGAGAUCCGGACAAGUUCAAAAAAACUGCCGGCAUGUACGGCAUGGCUGCCACUCUUCCAGCUGCAUUCAUUGAGGAUGCUGUCGGGGCUUACGUGGAUGCCAUGUCCGAGGCUUACGCCGGGCCAGCGGCGGAUGGCUUUGGCACGGAGUCAUGGCCCGACAAGUCCCGAUUUAUCGGAGAGUUUUCACGUGGCAAAAAGAGCGGCAGCGGCGAGUACCAGUGGCCAGAUGGGUCAAAGUACCAAGGGCAGUGGUGCAUGAACAUGAUCGAUGGUUUUGGAAUUUACAUGGGCGUUGAUGGGCGCGAGUACAGAGGUAGAUGGAUGGCUUCAACCAUGAACGGAUGCGGUCGCUACAAGUGGAUUGCCAAGAUGCAUUUGAGCCCACAAGAAGUUCAGAAAACCGAGAGGAUUCUCGCAACAUGGAGUGGCGACUUUCCUGGGAUGUCAGAUUUCGUCAACAGCGCAGUCUGGCCGGAUCACAUCAAGUGCCUUCGAAAUGACACGCUCUAUUGCCGCGGCUUGCCUGCGACGGCACUGAAUGAGUUUAAUGCAUGGCACUUUGUUGACGUCGACUUUACUCCAGAUCAUCUGGCGAUUGAUGAAAGGAACCCGUACGAGGAUCCGUCCGCAGUUUGGGCUCUGACGCAAGCCAUGCGAACCUUUUACUCCUCACGCUCGAACUUUGCACUGAACCUCAUGCUGCGUUUUGCUCUCCACAUCGUCGGAGAUGCACACCAGCCGCUCCAUACCGCUCAAGGCGUCUUCAACGAUACAAGAUUUGGACAUGUUCUUGCGGAUCGUGGCGGAAAUUUGAUCAGGAUCCAGUCCAACUGGAGCACGCUGACGAAUCUCCAUGCUUUCUGGGAUGCGGCGGGAGGUAUGUAUCUGGAUGAGUGGCCAUAUUCAUCUUCGCAAGAGGCACGGCGCGACCGGAAUGCCUCCAUCAUUGUAGGAGACUUUCCAAAGAGCAGUCUCCAGGAAUACCAGGCCGAAGACAUGGACUGCUUUCUCAUUCCCAGCGAUUGCAUGAAGGUUUUCAAAAAAUGGGUGCAGGAAGCACAUAUCCUAGCAGUCCAGCAUGCGUACGUUGGUGUCCGUGCCGGUGCACCGGUUUCGGACACAUACGUUGCCGAGGUUCGACAGAUCUCAAAAAGGCAGCUUGCUCUGGCCGGAUACCGCUUGGCAGACCUCCUGAGAGUGGUCCUUCCUCUCUUGCCGUCACCUCCUGCAGAAUCCAUGAGCUUUGCGAAGCUCGACGAGCACGCGAGCUUUCAGCAGGCCGUUCUGGUGAUUCUUUGCAGCCUCGAGUCUCUGCUGCUUGCAGUCUUAGCAGCGGGGCGGUGCAGGAGAAGGUGUGCUCGGUCCCACAGCCGCCCGUGCGAUUUCGAGGGUGGAAGUCCUCUUUACGGAGUGCCCGUUUUGAUGUUUCUCGUGGCAGUGGACGGCCGCUGCUACCAGGGCCAGUACGCGCGCGACCAGAAGGAUGGCUUUGGCAUCUUCAAGUGGGCAGAUGGGCGACGCUACGAGGGCUACUGGAGCAAAGGUCGACAACACGGCAUCGGUCGCUUGUGCAAUUCACAGGGUGCCCAUCGCCUGGCCCGGUGGGAAAACGGAGAACGCAAAGAAUGGUUGGAGGAGGAGCAGAAUGCCCCUGACAUGGUGCAGGCGAUGCAACCACGGCGAUAG